AUGAAAAAUGCACCGUUCCAGGUUCUUGCCGAUGCAAUUGAACGCCAGGGCCACCGGUUCCUCUACCAAGUAAACCCCGCGCUCACUCUGAAUCCACCUCUCAGUCCUGUGUUGAAAUCCUUUCUCAUUGUUGGUAUUGUUGCACCUGCCUCCAUGGGUACCGCAUUACAUGAUAUUGGGGAUGCUGAUAUCGCGAAUGCUCCUCUGUGUGACGGUACUCCCAUUGACGGUGUAUUGACGUUAAUGAGACCGCUAGAGAAGGACCCAUUUUACGAUGACAUAUGGGACGCUCAGAUUAAUAAACUUUGCUUGUACCAAUCUACAAUGAAUGCCAGGUAUAGGCCUAAAACGGAUAACCCUCACAGCACACAAACAGUCAUUGAUAUCAAGUUCCCCAAAAUUAGGCCAAGGGAAAGAGAUGACGGAAUUGUUACGUGGCGAGACAUAAGCCAAGUUGUACCCGGGGCUACUUACCACCCCAGUAUCAUGGAUCAUGCAUCGCAUCCUGUCUUCAAUUACAGAAAGGAUGUCCUCCUUCAACCCAACAUAUAUGACAGCUACGGUCACAUGGUGCCCCCUUGGCUGUUGCAGAGUGAACUUCGCCCACACACCAUGGUUUUAGCUGAUGUAUAUCCAACUGUCACAGACUCGGUGAUUAUAUCGGACACUGGGACACCUAGAUCAUGUCGGACCUUUGAGAUCUGGGCGAAAAACGUAAAAGUCCUCCAGCGGGGGACUUUGCCAAUGGAGAAAAAUUUUCUACCAUCGUACGGUGCAAUUGAACGAGUUUCGUACCGGCCCAGGGAAGUCAGACUCAAAACAAAACGAGUAGCAAGAAUGAGCACUGGUGGAAAGCCUCCCAGAAGGAGAAAGAGUGCUCAAAGUGGGAUUCGUGAGGGUGAUCUAACAUCAAACUCAAAAGAAGUAGAUAGAAUAAAACCGAGACUGAGAACCGAGACUGAGUAA